UCCCACAGAGUCAAACUGCUCCUCAUUCUCGAAGAAGACAAGACUGCAACUAGUGGCCAAAGCAGCAUGGCUCCAUCACUUCUUGCAACAGCAGGAGGACUUCUGUUACUUUUCUCCUUCUCAUCAGCACAAACCAGAGGCGACAACAUCGCAUUAUGCACCCCAAAUGAUGGCUUUGGAAAGUACUGUCCCACUACAUGUGGAGUGGCUGAUUACUUAACGAGGUACAUGCCAGAAGUGACCAGGGAUUUGGACAGCAUGUUAAGAGACCUGGAGAUAGCUGCCAAUUUGACCCAGGGGACUGAAGAAAAAAUUGUCUAUAUGAAAGAUUCUGCUACUUCAGCCCAAAAGAGUUCCCCACAAGACUCAUACUUCAGUAAGACAUCAAAUAUGCUGGAAGAUGUCCUUCGGUUUGAAAAGACCAUCAUUCAACAGGAACAACAAAUAUUUGAACUUCAGAAUCUAAUUUCAUCCAACGAGAGGAGACUGGCAGACUUGAAACAACUCUCCAUUCAGCUGCAGCAGAAAUGCAGUGAGCCUUGCAAAGACACAGUUGACAUCCAACCCCAAACAGGAACAGACUGCCAAGAUAUUGCAAACAAAGGUGCUACCACCAGUGGUCUUUACUACGUCAAGCCAGCGAAAGCCACUGAGCAGUUCCUGGUCUAUUGUGAGAUUGACAACUUUGGACGCGGCUUCACAGUAAUACAGAGGAGACGUGAUGGCAGUGUGGACUUCAACAAGAACUGGAUCCAGUACAAGGAGGGCUUUGGUUAUCUCUCCCCAGAUGACACUACUGAGUUCUGGCUCGGCAACGAGAAGAUCCAUCAGCUGACUGCUGGUUCGACCAUCCCAACUGUGCUGAGGGUAGAGCUCGUUGACUGGGAGGGCAACAAAAGGUAUGCAGAUUACAACAUGUUCAGACUGGGACCAGAGGUCGACAUGUACCGUCUGACCUAUGGUUACUACUUUGGCGGUGAUGCAGGAGAUGCUUUUGAUGGCUUUGAUUUUGGAGAUGACCCCAGUGACAAGUUCUACACAUCACACAAUGGCAUGCAGUUCAGUACCCCUGACAAGGACAAUGACAAGUAUGACGGCAACUGUGCUCAGCAGGACGGCUCUGGCUGGUGGAUGAACAGAUGUCAUGCUGCACAUUUGAAUGGCAAAUACUACCAGGGUGGCAGGUACACAGAAAAGGAUGCAGGUGAAUACGGCUACGACAACGGCAUCAUUUGGGUCACAUGGCACAACCGCUGGUACUCCCUGAAAGAGACCACUAUGAAGCUCAUUCCGCUCAGCCGCAUCACAGCAGGCGGUGGACAGCAGACGAGUGUGAAAGAGUAUGGCGGACUUGGAGAUUCGUAAAAAGUAGAUACAGAUGUUUGUGGUCUCUACUUAUUGUGUUCAGUCCAACAACCCUAAAACCAUGUCUGAUCAAAUAAAAUGCCCCUCUGGAAUAUUUCUGAUUUCCUGGUGUGUUACCAUGUGAUGUUUGCAUGCUGUGGUGAUCUGACCCAGCUGGGCACUGAUGUUCACAUUUUCCUUUCCCUCCUCAGUGUUGUUUUGAACACUAAAUAAAUGUCUUUUCUUUACCAAA